CAACUCUCUCAUCAUCUUUCUUCUCUUACUUAUCAUUUUCCUUGCAACCAAACACCACUCUGAGAUGGGUUCCAGCAGUCUUCCAAUUUUAAUGGCUAUUGUGCUUGCAUUGUGUAGUUUUUGUAUUUUUCCUGAGUUGGUACUUGCAAAACAUGCUGGCAUUACUCGGCACUACAAGUUCAAUAUCGUGAUGCAAAACGUGACAAGAUUGUGUCAAACAAAGAGUAUAGUGACCGUGAAUGGUAAGUUCCCUGGGCCUCGAAUCAUAGCAAGGGAAGGUGACAGGCUCUUAAUCAAGGUCGUCAAUCAUGUUCAAUACAAUGUCACCCUUCAUUGGCAUGGAAUCAGGCAACUAAGAAGCGGAUGGGCAGAUGGGCCUGCCUACAUCACACAAUGUCCGAUUCAGACAGGACAAACCUACGUGUACAAUUUCACAGUAACUGGCCAAAGGGGAACAUUAUUCUGGCAUGCUCAUAUCUCUUGGCUUAGAGUUACUCUAUAUGGUCCCCUUGUCAUCCUCCCAAAGAAACAUGCCUCUUACCCUUUUCCCCAGCCUCACAAAGAAGUCCCUGUCCUUUUCGGGGAAUGGUGGAAAGCCGACACAGAGACAAUUAUCAACCAAGCAACCCAAGCAGGCGGAGCACCAAAUAUCUCUGAUGCCUACACAAUCAAUGGUCUUCCAGGUCCCUUGUAUAACUGCUCUGCAAAAGACACAUUUAAGCUGAAACUGAAGCCUGGAAAGACCUAUCUUCUUCGUUUAAUCAAUGCUGCACUUAAUGAUGAGCUUUUCUUCAGCAUUGCAAACCACAGUCUCACUGUUGUUGAAACAGAUGCAGUCUACGUCAAACCUUUUAAGACCCAAACUCUACUCAUCACUCCUGGACAAACCAUGAACGUCCUGCUCAAGGCCAAAGCCACCGCUCCUAAUGCUACCUUCUUGAUGGCUGCUAGGCCUUACGCCACUGGUCCAGCUACUUUUGAUAACACCACCACCGCUGCAAUUCUCGAGUAUGAGAAACCUUCUCUUUCCAACUCUAACAACAAGAAACGCGAUCCCCUUCUUAGGCCAUCGCUUCCAAUGUUCAACGACACCGCAUUUUCCAUGAAAUUCUUCCAGAAAAUUCGUAGCUUGGCCACCGGAAACUUCCCAGCUAAAGUCCCCAAAAAGAUUGAUAGACGUUUCUUCUUCACAGUUGGGUUAGGGAUCCUCCCUUGCUCCAAGAACCAAACUUGUCAAGGACCCAACAACACUAGAGUGGCAGCUUCAAUCAACAAUGUCUCGUUUGUGCAACCCAACGUAGCUCUUCUGCAAGCUCACUUCUUUAACCAAUCAAAAGGGGUGUACACAACUGAUUUCCCAGCUAACCCACCUUUCAAAUUCAACUACACAGGGACACCACCCAGUAAUAUUAUGGCGACCACUGGGACGAAGGUGGUGGUGCUGCCUUUUAAUACAAAUGUGGAGCUGGUAUUGCAGGAUACUAGCAUUAUUGGGGCUGAGAGCCAUCCUCUUCAUCUGCAUGGCUUCAAUUUCUUCAUAGUUGGACAAGGUUUGGGCAACUUUAACUCCAGUAAGGAUCCUGCCAAAUUCAACCUGGUUGACCCUGCUGAGAGAAAUACUGUAAGUGUGCCUUCUGGUGGUUGGGUGGCCAUACGGUUCCAUGCAGAUAAUCCAGGCGUUUGGUUUAUGCACUGCCAUCUUGAAGUACACACCAGCUGGGGCCUGAAGAUGGCCUGGGUUGUCAUGGAUGGAAAAAAACAGAAUCAAAAGCUGCCACCUCCACCUUCUGAUCUUCCCAAAUGUUAAUUUAUUUUUUGAUACAUGUCUUUUUUUUUUUUUUUAAAUUCAUUUUCUUUUCUUUCCCCAGAAAGGAGGGUGGAAUGUUGCUUUCCUUCGCAAUUUACCACAGCCCACAAAAAGAAAGGGGGCGGAGUUUUGAUUAAUUUGAUAGGAAUGUAAUUAGAUUAUUCAUUUUCUUUCGAGAAAUAAUAAUAAUAAAAAAAACUAUUCAUU